GCAAAGAUAUAUAGUAUUUACGAAUACUGAUAUAGCUAAAUUAGUAUUUGGAAAUACUGAAACACUAUUAUUCACUUCAUGAGCAGGUUAACAUAACACUUCCAUACAUUGGAGUGAGCAAGUAAAACUACACAGAUUCUUAACACUAUGCCAUGGUUCAAGAACCUCAUCAAAAUCUCCACUACCCUUUCAAACCAAUCAUCAUCUAAUUACAAAUCUAUAACCCCGUUAGCCUCACCUUCACUUACCCAAUUUCUACAAUUCACUAAAGACUACUCUACUAAUAAUAAUGGUACUAAUCAUCAUGCUGUUGCUGGUUUGGAACCAACAAAAAAUGACCAAAAACCAAGAGUGGUUGUGCUAGGCUCUGGAUGGGCUGGUUGUAGGCUUAUGAAGGACAUUGACACCAACAUUUAUGAUGUUGUGUGUGUGUCACCUAGGAACCAUAUGGUGUUCACUCCAUUAUUGGCUUCUACUUGUGUUGGCACUCUUGAGUUUAGGUCUGUUGCUGAACCUAUUGGGAGGAUUCAACCUGCUAUUUCAAGAGAACCAAGUUCUUAUUUCUUCCUUGCUAAUUGCAAUGGCAUUGAUUUUGAUAAUCAUAUGGUACAAUGCCAAACUGUGACAGAGGGAGUUGAAACCUUGGAGCCAUGGAACUUCAAUGUUUCAUAUGACAAGUUAGUCAUUGCCUCUGGAGCACAAGCUUUGACAUUUGGAAUUAAGGGUGUAAACGAGCACGCCACUUUCCUUCGCGAAGUUUACCAUGCUCAGGAAAUACGGAGGAAACUACUUCUGAAUCUCAUGUUGUCUGAUGUCCCCGGAGUUAGCGAGGGAGAAAAGCGUCGACUCUUACACUGUGUUGUAGUUGGAGGUGGUCCUACAGGAGUUGAGUUCAGUGGUGAACUUAGUGACUUUAUCCUGAAGGAUGUUCAUCAAAGAUAUUCUCAUGUCAAAGACUAUAUUCGCGUCACGUUGAUUGAGGCAAAUGAGAUAUUGUCCUCCUUUGAUGAUCGUUUACGUGUAUAUGCAACCAAACAGUUGACUAAGUCAGGAGUUCGUCUUGUACGAGGGCUCGUCCAAGAUGUGCAACCUGAGAAGAUAAUUCUUAGUGAUGGCACAGAUGUACCCUAUGGUUUGUUAGUUUGGUCUACUGGUGUUGGCCCUUCACCUUUCGUUAACUCACUGGAUAUACCUAAAGCUAAAGGGAGGAUUGGGAUUGAUGAAUGGUUGCGCGUCCCAUCAGUACAAGAUGUAUACUCAAUUGGUGAUUGCAGUGGUUUUCUUGAAAGCACAGGCAGACAAGUUCUUCCAGCUUUGGCCCAAGUUGCAGAGAGGCAAGGAAAAUAUCUGGCAAGUUUGUUGAACAGGGUGGGUAAAGAAAGUGGAGGGCAUGCCAAUUCUGCACAAAACAUGAACUUAGGAGAUCCAUUUGUGUAUAAACAUUUGGGAAGCAUGGCUACUAUUGGCAGAUACAAGGCCCUUGUGGACCUCAGGGAGAGCAAGGAAUCAAAAGGUGUAUCUCUAGCAGGAUUCACGAGUUUUUUUGUUUGGCGUUCAGCGUAUCUAACUCGUGUAGUGAGCCGGAGGAAUAAGCUAUAUGUUUUAGUCAACUGGUUGACAACGUUAAUCUUUGGCCGUGAUAUAAGUAGGAUAUAGACGGAAAAAGAAAAAUGGUUCUUUCAGUUUCACCAUAAGGAACUGCUCUUGCUUCUUGUGUCGGAUCUUGUACAGGCAGUGUCAAUCUAGUAUCACAAUUCAACUUGUGUAAGUUUCGGAUUUGGGGUUGUAGAGAUCACAGGAAUUUACCUCAUGUAAUCAUGUCCAUAAUGUUUGUACUUAGCGUUAUUUUCGUAUGAUGUCAGCAUAUUGUGUAUAUAUACACAUUAAGUUUAAUUUUAGAAAAAGGAAAAGUAUUCACAUA